CCUGGCCGUGUAGGUUUGACACCUGACGUGGAAAUUUGCGGAUAGUUCAUUUUUAUUAUAAAUGGGGUCGAAUAAUUGAUGCAUUGUAUUAUUCUCACUUGCACCUCUGUAGUGAAAUUACCUGCUGAAAGCUAUUGAGAGCCAAGAUGUUGACCAAACUUGUAUUCCUCGCGUUUGCAGUCAUUUGCGCGUUCUUAUUCAAAUCAUCGGAGGCCCAUGUUAAGGGCUCGGUGUUGUUGGAUGAAUAUAACUUUGAUAGAGUCAUUUCUCGGUUUGAGACGGUUUUGGUUAAAUUCGAUGCGGUUUAUCCCUUUGGAGAGAAACACGACGCUUUUAGAAAAGUAGCCGAAGAGUUCAUAGAUUCGGAUGAGCUCUUAAUAGUGACGAUAGGCAUUAAGGACUUUGGGGAGCAUGACAACCAAAAACUAGCUGAGAGGUUUGGCAUCGUAAAAAAGAGGGAUUGGCCUGCCCUGAGAUUGUUCGUCAAAGGACAGGACGAACCAUUUUCCCUGAACUCGACGCAUACUUGGAAUGAAAAUGAAAUUAAAAAAUUCAUUAGAGAAAACACUAACGUGUACUUAGGUCUGCCAGGGUGCUUGGAGGAAUUUGAUAAGAUAGCAGUUGAAUUUGCCACUUCUUUUGAUAAAGUGGGAAUCCUCCAAAAGGCAGAAGAAAAAGCCGAAGCCCUGGAAAAUGAGGAACAGAAAAAGGUAGCAAAAACAUACAUAAAAUUCAUGAGAAAGGCCCUAGAUAAAGAGACCUUCCUUGAAGAUGAAAGGAAACGGCUGAACAAAAUCCUGCGAGAGGGUAAAGUAAAGGCCGAGAAGAAAGAAAACAUGCAACUCCGAGCCAAUAUUCUGACCGCCUUCAUUCCACCUAAAGACGAGCUUUGAUAUAAUCAAUUUAUGAAGAAAGUUCUGUUUGUAAUAGGAGUUAUCAACUUUCUAUUGUUUGCAGGCUAUUUUUUCUAUUUUCGGGACCGUAAUCUUUCCGUUAAUAUUAAUCUCCGAUUAGGCGCACAAUAAUCAGAUUCAGCUAUUGAUCGUUAUUACUUGCAUUCGUGAAUUUAUUGAAAUCGGGGACCAUUUACCGAAACAAUAUACCGUUCAAAGCAACUUAAUUUCCUGAUUGUUCCUGGCUACAUUGUUCCAGCUAAUAAAAUUUUUAGCUUAAAUGUGAUGUAUAUCUGAAUGUCGUGCAAAAAUAAUGAAUUUUUGACAAUAUUUAUUCAUUAAGCUAGUAUAGGUGGUGUUUUUUAGAUGGGAAAAUGCUCAUAAUGAGCGUUAAAAUCCCAUUCCGCCAAAUUGUUUGACUGAUUUAUCAAUUAUUAUCUUUUUAAUAUCACACAAUAGUUAACUACGUGAUGUGUUUCAAGGCGUUCAAAUAUUAUCUAUAUAAAUGUAUUUCCUCAAAGCAAACAGUUGGCAUUUACUGAGUGUAUGUGUUUGUUGUUGUUAAAACUGAUAUAAUUGAUGCUAUGUGAUAUUUUUGGACAUUCCAAAGCUUCCGAUUCCAUUUUACAAUGGCCAGUACGGGCCAUUUUUAAUUCAUUAAUAUAAGAUACAAGAUUAAAAGUAGAAUUGUUUGUAUCGUUUUAUAUAUCGGCGUCAUAUUUAUUGUUCAUUUUAAUUUUGACGCUGUUAGCACAGCUUUCAAAAAUGAAACAGUACUGUUUGUAUAUUUAUUGUUAUAUUGUUUGUGUACAGAGAUUUUAUGAUUAUAUUUACUAUGCCAAACUUA